UUAAACUAAGCAAUGCGUAUUAACAUUUUUCUACUUCGUUAGUAUAAGCACAGUAUAGACUCUAAAAACCUAGUACUUUAGUUAUGAUUGUUUUGUUACUCAACAAUGUGUUUGACAUUAAAUGACGGAUGACGGUAAAGCUGACGUGGAUUAAAUGUGAAUCAACAAAAUGAUCACAGAUAUCCAGUUGGCUGUAUUCUCGAACAUUCUUGGAGUGUCUAUUUUCUUGCUGGUGAUCCUCUAUCAUUACAUCAAUGCAAACAGCACAAAGUGAAAGAUUAUGGAGAUGCUUCCACAUACCACAUACAAAGUUAUUAACAUUAUUUAUUAAGAUAUAUUAAGUUCAUUUUGAAGAAAUAAACAUGAUAAAUUGAUAAA